CUAUUUAAGCAUCUCCAUGGAUAUCCCCAGCUCAUUAAUUUCUUCCAUACUCAUAUUUAUGGUUGUGUCCAAUAUUACCAUCGCCCCAGAAUCCAUUGCACAUAAAGCCUCCACCAUGGCAGACCACCUUAAAGUUCAACAGAAACAGUUGGUACUACCGCUGGGGUUUAGGUUCCACCCGACGGAUGAGGAGAUCAUCAAAUUCUAUGUGGUCCCCAAGGUGCUCGAUGAAGCCUUUGUUGCCGCGGCGAUUGAGGAUGUGAACCUCAACAAGUACGAGCCAUGGGAGCUACCAGAGAAAGCGAAGAUGGGGGAGAAGGAAUGGUACUUUUACUCCCGAAAGGAUCGCAAGUACCCCACCGGGAUACGAACGAACCGGGCGACGGAGGCCGGCUAUUGGAAGGCCACCGGAAAGGACAAGGAGAUCUUCCACCCACCUUUCACACUCAUCGGCAUGAAGAAGACGCUCGUCUUCUACAAGGGUCGGGCGCCUAGGGGGCAGAAGACCAACUGGAUCAUGCAUGAGUAUAGGCUCGAGAGCAGCAAGAAGCUGACAUCCAACCCAUCCACCACCACCCGCACCGUCACCAGAACCAACACGGCUUCCAAGGAACAGUGGGUGGUUUGCAGGAUCUUCCAUAAGAGCACCGGACUAAAGAAGAUGGUGACGCUGUCAUAUGACAUGCCAAUGUACACAGGAGCAGAACAUCAACAGGGCUUUGUCGACUUAGAUACAUUGCCUCCUCUCAUGGAAUAUGACAUGUCGUCAACAUGUGCGCAUGCACCGCUGUUUCCUGGAGCUUCUUCGUACCAGUUGCACGAUGUUGGGGCUGGCUCAUCGAUGAUGGGCAGUGCGGCGCUUCCUAUGAUGAAUUACCACUACAUCAGGAAUAACCACCACCACCAAAUGAUGGCCAACCCAACACUGCCUCUGCCGCUCUUCCAACACCAACAACAACAUCAACAGAUGAUGAUGCAUAUGGGUGCAGAUCAGGGUCUCAUGGUCGAGGCUCAGCCUGAGAGUGGGUUGGCAUCGAUGCUGUCACAAGAGGACGUUGUGGCCGGGCUGAGGAACAACUACCCAGGGAACGCCGCUGCCACAGCAGUUGGCGAGACCUCGUCGAUGAACAUGGGUAUGGAUGACAUUUGGCGGAACUGAUGAUCAGAUAACCCAAGACAACAUAUAUAUAUGUGUGUGCGUGCAUAAAUUAAUCAUCCAUAAGACGGUCGGUUGAUAUAUGCCAACCCGUAUAUUGGUUUGUGCCGCAUUUUUAUUUGUUAGUGUGACCUUGAGAGAGUUUGCAAUCAUGGCAUGGCUUGGCAUGCCACUCUUGUGCUAGUUUUUCAAUUGUGUAUGUGUAUUGGCUUGUAUCUGCACUACCCACCGGGGUAUACCUAGCUACAUAUGCAUGUGUUGUAAAUCUGUGUACAUCAUGCAUCUUUUAAACCCAUAUAGAAUAAGCUACUUUGUUUAA